GUCCCCCUCUCUCCCUCUCUCUCUCUCUCGUGGAGUCCCUCACCGGCGGUGAGCAGAAAUGGCGAAGAGCGGGAACGGGAAGCUGAGCAAGCUCAAGUGCAUGAUAAAGCGGUGGCACUCGUCGAGCAGGAUCGGGCGCUCCGCCGCUGUGGGGGGCGGAGGCGCGGGCUCGGGCUCGGGCUCCUCGAGGUCGCAGGACGAGGAGGCGUGGCAGUCGGAGUCGUUCCACGGCGACGAGGUCCCGUCGGGCCUCCACCCGGUGUACGUCGGAAAGUCCCGCCGGCGGUACCUCGUCAGCUCCGACCUCGUCGACCACCCCCUCUUCCGGGUCCUCGUCGAGAAGUCCGGCGGCGACGGCGCCGACGCCGCCACGGUGGUCGGCUGCGAGGUGGUUCUCUUCGAUCACCUCCUCUGGAUGCUGGAGAACGCGGAUCCCCAGCCCGAGUCCCUGGACGAGCUCGUCGAGUUCUAUGCCUGAUGAGGCGGCGGAGCAACGGUACCGCGGAGCACCGGACUCGCCAACCCACGUGUGGAUGAAUGACCUUUAUUUUGUUCAUUUUGAUGUAGUGGUAGGUGAUGUGAAAUCUGGAUGAUGGGGAGGAAUUGAAAGGGAUAAUAAAGCAAGGAUUCAUUAACCCUUUGCAAGCUCAGAGGACAUGAUUGGGCAUUAAUUUCAUGAUUAUCUGUUUUUCAAAUAUUUUGUUACAUAUUUUAUGCUGGUGAUGUAAUCUCUUUAAGAAUAUUUCAUGAAAUAAUUCUGUAAAGUGUAAUUUAAACACCUGUGCUAUAUUUGUUCUCUCCUCUAAUAGAUGGCUAGAUGUUGGUGUUUUG